AAUUAUAGUAACAAAAACAUGGUUAUAGACCGCACUAUAUUCGCAGUCGAACAGCAAUUUGUGAAAAUCAUAAUGAAUAUAGAUAAAUAAGGACUCAGUAAUAGGUUUGAAGAAUUUAGAAGAAAUUAUUUAUUGGAACUGACAGUACAAGUAAAUUGAAUUUGUUGUUUGUGAUCUUCGAAUAAGGGCUGCUGAAACAAACAUGAAAUUGUUAACUCAUAACAUGCUUACUUCUAAAUGCAUGAAAGCUGUAACUGUUGGAUAUCCACUUGCUAUUAACGCGUCAGAUGUUCGUGUGUCAGAGGUGGACUUCAAUCCUGACUUCAUUGCAAAAAUUAUACCCAAGGUCGACUGGGCGGUAUUGUGGAAUGCCGCUGAGAGCAUAGGGCAAUUGGAAGGUCUUCCCAAAGAAAUUGUGGAAAACUAUGAAAACGACCAAGAUUUUUUGAAAAAGGCACACCAUGUACUACUGGAGGUUGAUGUAAUAAACGGCGAACUUAUCUGUCCAGAAACUGGAAGGAAAUUCCCCAUAAAUAACGGCAUACCAAAUUUAUUGUUAAACGAAGAUGAAGUAUAGUUUUUACAUUAGACGUAAGGAAUUAUUUUAAGGUAUAAAUAAACAGUUAAGAGACA